AUGGCUGAUAUUCCUGACUUUGAACUGAACGAUGAUGAGAAUGAGGCCCUCGAUCUGGGAAUCCUGGGUGAAGAUCCGGCCCUUCGUGCGGAUGUUUGGUUGACGGCGAGGGUGCGGGCUCGCCACCCCGUCAGUUCCAGAGCUUUCAAGAGCGUCAUGUCCCAACUGUGGUCGUCCAGAAACUGUACGGAGGUGCACCAGGCGGGUAUAAACCAAUUCUCUUUCAGGUUUGCGUCGCCACGGGACAGGGACCUUGUCUUACACUCUGGUCCUUGGUUCUUUGACCGAUAUGUCUUGGUGCUGCAGCUGCUCAAUGGUGCGGUGGCGAACCCACCGAUCCCACUUGGUGGCGUCCCCUUUUGGGUGCAAGUGCACAAUUUACCACCGGGUGGUUUCAGAACAGAGGCAGCGGCGAGGUUGAUCGCCCAAACCUUCGCUGGUUUCAUGGAAUUGGAUCGCUCCGAGGCUAACCGAUAUGGUCCGUUCUUCAGGGUGCGGGUGUGGUUGGAUUCCGAGGCUCCCCUUCGCCGGGGCCGUCUUCUGGCGUCCGCUGGCAAACCACCUCUGAAAGUGGUGUUCAAGUAUGAGAAGCUAAAGAAUUUUUGUUACCGUUGUGGGCUGUUAGAUCAUGUGUUGAAGGACUGCGAUGUUCAGGAUGAUGGUCAGCCUCUUGCUUUUGGUGGCUGGCUACGGGCGGAACCUCCAGCUCGUCCGUAUCUUGGACGUAGAGAGGGAGGUGGUGGAUUUGGAGAGGGACCGGGGAGAGUUGGACAGCAACCAAAAAGAGAUGGUGGAGAAGAAAGUUCCAAAACUAUGGUCGGAACAGAGGAGGGUGCAAUCGAGGAUGAUGGUGUGGAAUUUGAGGGUGAUGGGAUUUAG